CCAUGAAAUUCGACCGUUGGAAUUCUUCUUCCAGAAGCAGAGGCAAAUUUUCCACAGCACCACCCCCUUCAAAAGCCCUCUUUGCUCGCAGAGCGCGGCCUUUUACCAUUCUCAGUCUUUCUUGCGCCAAGCAACCCAAACCCGUUUUCUCUAUCCAAAUCAAGAACUUCGGAAACAAACUCCAGAAAUGGAGUCGCCACAAAGAAGAAAAAGUGGCCUCAAUCUCCCAGCUGGAAUGAACCAGACAUCGUUGCGGUUGGAGACCUUUUCGGGUUCCUUUCGAUCGAGCGUGUCUUCACCUCGAGCAAUAUCCAGCUUAUCCUCGCCGUCGAAAUCGUCGACUUGCAGUGAUAGAUUUAUUCCGUGCAGAUCUUCUUCGAGGCUGCACACUUUUGGGCUGAUAGAGAAGGAAUCACCGGUGAAAGAAGGCGGAAACGAGGCAUAUGCGAGGCUGUUGAAAUCUGAACUGUUUGGUUCUGAUUUUGGUUCUUUUUCUCCUGCAGGUCAAGGGUCGCCUAUGAGCAGCCCGAGCAAAAAUAUGUUAAGGUUUAAGACUGAGCAUUCAGGGCCUAAUUCUCCUUAUUCACCUUCGAUUCUGGGGCAGGAUAGUGGCUUCUCACAUGAGGCGUCAACGCCCCCAAAACCUCCACGGAAAGUCCCCAAGACACCUCACAAGGUUUUGGAUGCCCCAUCACUUCAAGAUGACUUCUAUCUGAACUUGGUGGACUGGUCAUCACAGAAUGUACUUGCUGUUGGGUUGGGCACUUGUGUUUAUUUAUGGACUGCAUCAAAUAGCAAAGUAACAAAGUUAUGUGACUUGGGGCCAAAUGAUGGUGUGUGUGCUGUCCAAUGGACCCGUGAGGGUUCAUACAUUUCAAUUGGUACAAGUCUUGGUCAAGUUCAGGUAUGGGAUGGAACACAAUGCAAGAGGGUCCGCACAAUGGGUGGACAUCAAACAAGAACUGGGGUGUUGGCAUGGAAUUCACGCAUACUAUCAUCGGGAAGCAGGGACCGUAACAUUCUUCAGCAUGAUCUUCGUGUUUCAAACGACUAUGUUAGUAAGCUUGUUGGGCACAAAUCUGAGGUAUGUGGAUUGAAAUGGUCCCAUGAUGACAGGGAACUUGCAUCAGGUGGAAAUGAUAAUCAGCUAUUGGUCUGGAACCAGCAUUCUCAGCAACCAAUUCAUAAGUUGACGGAGCAUACAGCUGCAGUUAAGGCCAUUGCUUGGUCACCCCACCAGAGUGGCCUUCUUGCAUCUGGAGGUGGAACUGCUGAUCGCUGUAUCCGCUUUUGGAAUACUACCAAUGGUCAUCAAUUGAAUAGUGUGGACACUGGGAGCCAGGUCUGUAAUCUUGCUUGGAGUAAGAAUGUGAAUGAGUUAGUUAGCACACAUGGAUAUUCCCAGAAUCAAAUCAUGGUGUGGAAGUACCCAUCAAUGUCAAAGGUUGCAACUCUAACUGGUCAUACCCUGCGUGUGCUCUACCUAGCCAUGUCACCAGAUGGUCAGACAAUUGUGACUGGAGCAGGGGAUGAGACCUUGCGGUUUUGGAAUGUCUUCCCAUCUAUGAAAACACCUACACCAGUCAAGGACACCGGACUUUGGUCAUUAGGAAGAACCCACAUUCGAUGACAAACUACAUUUGUUAUGAGUCCAGCUGAGUUAUUUUGUAAAUGGAAAAACUUAAGUAUAGGAUUGAAGAGUUAUACAUACAACAUUGUUAAGCUGAUUGUGUUAAUCAUUUGUGUUUUAAGGGGAAAAAAAAUAGGGAAAGUAAAGGAGAGAGAAAAAAAAAAAAGAAAAAAGCAAAAGCUUUAUAUCAUUUUGAUUGAUUUUGUAAAUUCAGAUUCCACGAAGGAUCAUAUAAAUAAAAUUGCUUUUACCAU